CACCUUGACGUUUGGUGUCUAAGCAGCGACAGCAGGAAACUUUGUCGAGUUUCUCCGUAACUUUCUUCUCGGUUCUGUUCUGACACCGGCCGUUUUCGCUGCUGUUUGAGGAAUGUUAGUUGUUGACACAUAUUGGAAGUAGUUUUCGGAGCUUCGUGGAGAUUUUUAUUCUUUUCACAGGCGGUGUUUUAGAGGAUCCAGGUGACGGAGACUCGGGAGUUCCCGAGCGGCUAACUCAGUUAGCCUUAACAGUUAACGUCACUUUAAAAGUGAACGGGCGGAAAGCUAAUUUAGCUCAACUGAUAUCUGACCGACACACAGCUUAAACUUUGAACGACACUUUGUUUUGUUAUUCGGCUUCUGUUUGAGAGCUUUUCGUUUUGAGUUUGACCGAAUUUCCGUGUCUGAAACUUGAGAGACUUUACGUGAACUUGAUCGAUACCGUUAACUUAAUGGAUCCUGAGAGUAGCAGCUAGCGGUGACAGCGACCUAGCGGGGAGCCGGAGCCGAAGUUACGUUUCCGCUUUGUGAACGCUGCCCUCGCAGUUCCCAGAACACCGAAGUACUCCCGACAGGAUGGCCGGAGACUCCACCGUCAACUUCACCCUCCUGCACCGGACCUGUAAGCUGGUGGUGCUGCUCUGUCUGCUCCACAUCUCCGUCACUGUCGUCUUCUACGUCCGCUCUCUGGACAUCCGGUUCGCUUUCGCCCAGAACCAGCAGACCCGUAAUGCUGUCACACAACUGAACCCGGGCAGAACCACAGAGUCCACUCUCGAAUCAGAACCAGAGGGACCCGCGGACCGGGCAGACGAGAAGAAAGCCCCGGAGCUUCCGCCGCAGGAGGAGAAGGCAGGAGACCCGGAGAAGACUCUGGAGAAGUGCCCGGAAACAUCACCUCUGCUGGUUGGUCCCCUGCGGGUGGAGUUUAACAUUCCCGUGAGUCUGGAGCAGACCAAGGAUGAGAACCCCAACCUGCAGCCGGGGGGGCGCUUCAGACCCAAAGACUGUGUGGCGCUGCAGAAGGUCGCCAUCAUCAUCCCCUUCCGCAACAGAGACGAGCACCUGAAGUUCUGGCUGUACUACCUGCACCCCAUCCUGCAGCGGCAGCAGCUGGACUACGGAGUCUACGUCAUCAACCAGGGCGGAUCUGAGAUCUUUAACCGGGCGAAGCUCCUAAAUGUGGGCUACGCCGAGGCUCUGAAGGAGUACGACUACGACUGCUUUGUCUUCAGCGACGUGGACCUGAUCCCCAUGGACGACCGCAACACCUACAAGUGUUUCAGCCAGCCUCGACACCUGUCUGUGUCCAUGGACAAGUUCGGCUUCAGGUUACCGUAUAAUCAGUAUUUUGGAGGCGUUUCCUCGAUGAGUAAAGAACAGUACCUGAAGAUCAACGGCUUCCCCAACAACUACUGGGGCUGGGGAGGAGAGGACGACGACAUCUACAACAGGCUGGCGUCUAGUGGGAUGUCGAUCUCCAGGCCGAGCGGCGAGGUGGGAAAGUGCCGGAUGAUCCGACACCAGAGAGACAAACAGAAUGACCCGAAUCCUCAGAGGUUCGACCGGAUCGCCCACACCAGAGAGACGAUGCACAAGGACGGGAUCAAGUCUUUGUCCUACAAAGUGCUGAAGACAGAAAAGUUCCCGCUGUUCACCAAGAUCACCGUGGACGUGGGGAAACCGUGACGGCGAGCGGCGGCGUUCAGCUGACGGAGGGCGAGAGCUGGACUGAUGCAGUAAAGACCAAACGUGCCUUUGACACUUGAAUCUUUAAAGUUCUGGUUCCUGUGGACCAGACGUGCUGGACUCACCGUGUUUCUGUGAUUCUUCUUGUUUCUGCACAAACAGACUGAGAGUUUGUGUUUACUUUCGCUGCCUCGAAGACUCGUCUCUGAUUGGCUGCUGACUGGAACCAAUCGGCUGCCUUGCUGCUGCAACGCUUCCUGCACAAGCCUUUUAUUUUGAAAAUCAGUGACAAUCCGCUCUGCUGGGUCACAUGGUCCGGGCUUUACUGGUGGGAUUAUGGGUAAUGAACGGGGGUUUAGGUCUGGUCUGAUCCAGAUCUUGGUUCUUGAUGAAUCCUGCGUCUCAAUUUCUCAAGAAAGAACCGAAACCAAAUAAGUGUGUAAAAGUUCACUGAAUAAUCGUAAAGUUACUGAACAGCCACCGAGUUUCGGGCGACUCCUGGUGGAUUAUUAAUCCUGAUAAACUUUAUUUAUACUGUCACAGCUCAGAGAGCGUCAAACUGUAGAAACCUUUAAACACAAGUCGGAUUAACUAUGAGAAUAAUAUGGAAAGAAAUUAUAACAAGCAGUCCAGUAACAGUCAGUCAGAUCCAGACUAACAAUCUGGAAUCCAGAUUAACAGCCAGUCAGAUCCAGAUUAACAGACUUUAAUCCAGAUUAACAGUCAGUCAGAUCCAGACUAACAAUCUGGAAUCCAGAUUAACAGACUUUAAUCCAGAUUAACAGCCAGUCAGAUCCAGACUAACAACCUGGAAUCCAGAUUAACAGACUUUAAUCCAGAUUAACAGUCAGUCAGAUCCAGACUAACAAUCUGGAAUCCAGAUUAACAGACUUUAAUCCAGAUUAACAGUCAGUCAGAUCCAGACUAACAACCUGGAAUCCAAAUUAACAGACUUUAAUCGAGAUUAACAGUCAGUCAGAUCCAGAUUAACAGACUUUAAUCCAGAUUAACAGUCAGUCAGAUCCAGACUAACAACCUGGAAUCCAGAUUAACAGUCUUUAAUCCAGAUUAACAACCUUGGGUCCUGGGCCCUGUGGGUUACCUGACAGGUGUGACAGAAGCUCAGCAGGUUCAAACUCAGAAUCUACAAACAGAAUCAGAAACGGAUCGAUCGGUGGUUCCAGAGACCAGUUUCACUUCGGAUCCAGAUCUAAACACCCGGCCCUGACUGUGUGUGUGUGUGUGUGUUCCUGGUGAGUUUCAGUCUCACAGGGGGUCUCGAGUCCAAAGUCCACCUGUAAAGGUCUCGAUAAUCAGGUUGUGAUUGAUAAACGUUUCCCAAAGUUUGUUGUAAUAAAAUCAUUUGACGUGUGAUUAAUUUAAAAACUGAUCAGCUGUCGACCAAAACGACAACCAGAGUCCAAAAAUCACCACGAGUCCGUCUGCCAGGUGCUCGUCUCAGCAUUGAUCCAGAUAUUGAUCCAGAUUGGACCAAACAGCUUUUAUCCAGAUAAACUUUGAAUCACACUGUGUGUGUGUGUGUGUGUUUUACUGUGUUCGUGGGGUCCAACAUGCUGGAAGUUCAAAGGGCCGUUUUGAGGGUUCAGCUUGGAAUUGGUUUAGAUAGGCGCCAGGUAGGGGCCAGGGGCCCGGUAACGCAUUAUGUCCUGACAGGUCCCCACGAGGAUAGUAACACAUGUCUGUGUGUGUUGAAUCAGCUUUUUGUCGACAGGUUUGUUUGUUUCUCUGCAGACCAAAAAUCUUUAUUGUUCAUAUGAAUGAAUCACCUGAAUGUGCCUUAAAAUUAAUCCUGUGUAAAUGUUGGAUCCGGUUUUACUGGUUGAACCGGUUUUGCUGGGGGAGGAUCUGGUCUGUGUAUGUAUGAGGUUGAAAAUGUGAUAAAUAGAGUUUAAGAGCUGA